UAUUUUCGCUCAGGCUGGGCCCGCUUAUAAAAACGCACAGUUUUCUUAAACGCCAUCAGUUACCCACCAAACGUAACGCAAAAACACUAGAAAAAUGAACUCUUUUGCUGUAUUUUUCAUGGCCGUUUUGGCUUGUGCCCACGCAGGGCUAAUUGCCGCUCCUGCUGCCAGAAUUUUGCAGGGGCCCAGCAGCAGUGCGACCGUUAUCGGUCCUGAUGGGAGCUCUAUUUCCUCCAUUGCCCCAGGAGGCACCGUUGUGGCCGAUGCCCAGCCCGGUCUUGUAGCCGCUCCUGCUGUGGUUGCCAGAUCGGCGGUCGUAGCUCCAGCUGCUUGGGCUGCUCCUGUUGUUGUCGCCGCUCCUGGUCUUGCCGCUCGUUCUUCAGUUCUGUCUGGAUUGGGUGGCACUGUGAUCGCUGGUCCUGCUGGCACUAUCACGGCCUCCGGAUCCCUCGCGGCUGCACCGUUAGCCGCUGCUUGGUUGUAAUGAUUUUGUUCGGAAUUUUGCCAAAAAUGCCAAAUACGUAUCUAGUUUUUUACGAAUACUUAUUGUACCUAGUAGAGUAUGUGAAAAUGUAUAAAAAAAUGUGAUUUCUAAAUAAAUAUUUUUUGUAACAAA